UGCAUGUGUGGCUUGUUCCUUAGAUGUUGCCUCCCUCCUUCCCCUACAACAAGUCUAAAUGAUGGGGUGAAUCUUGCUCCUUGUCCACUCUGCAGUCAGCACUUUGGAUUUUAUAGAAAAGAUGCUGGUCAUAUGAGUAAUCCUAGUGACCCUGUAAAUGAGAGCCAACUGUUGCCAGGGAAUAACUUCACAAAUGAAUGCAACAUUCCUGGAAAUUUCAUGUGCAGUAAUGGGCGCUGUAUCCCAGGGGCCUGGCAGUGUGAUGGGCUGCCAGACUGCUUUGAUGAAAAUGAAGAGNGAAAGUGUCCAAAAGCCAAAUCCAAAUGUGGUGCCACGUUUUUCCCCUGUGCUAGUGGAAUCCACUGCAUCAUUGGCCGCUUCCGGUGCAACGGCUUUGAGGACUGUCCAGAUGGUAGCGAUGAAGAAAACUGCACAGCAAAUCCAUUACUUUGCUCUACUGCUCGAUUCCACUGUAAAAAUGGUCUUUGCAUUGAUAAAAGCUUCGUGUGCGACAGUCAGAAUAACUGUCAAGACAACAGUGAUGAAGAAAGCUGUGAAAGCCCUCAAGAGGCAGGCAGCGGCCAAGAUUAUGUGACCUCAGAGAAUCAGCUGCUCUACUACCCUAGUAUUACCUAUGCUAUCAUUGGUAGCUCUGUCAUUUUUGUACUUGUGGUGGCCUUUCUUGCCUUGGUUCUGCAUCACCAAAGAAAACGCAACAAUCUCAUGACCCUGCCUGUACAUCGACUGCAGCACCCUGUCUUGUUGUCCCGACUGGUGGUCCUUGAUCAUCCACACCACUGCAGUGUCACUUACAACGUCAACAAUGGGAUCCAGUACAUGUCCAACCAGGCCUACCACAGGCCAGUGGAUUUAGACUCUCCACCAUCCUAUUCAGAGGCUGUGCUAGACCAAAGCAGACCACCUUGGUUUGACCUUCCUCCACCCCCUUAUUGUUCUGAAUCUGAAUCCCCUAAUCAUCCAGACCUUCCUCCUUACCGAUCUCGGACGGCAAGUUUGGUGAGCACGGAUGCUGCCAUGGCAGGAAGCCCUCUGGGCACCGAGGGGAGUCGGACAGGCAGUACCCAUGACGGUGUGGACUGCCGCAGAACUCUCCUUGAGAGGACAGCCGGCCAAAGUGAUUCUCUGGUCAAUGCUCUUGCUGAAAGAGAAGUGUAACUGCCCUGGUAUUUGGGAUGGGCAGGAAGGGACUUACUUUUUUCAAGUCUGUAUGGGUUAAUCUGCAGUUAAUUAGUUUCAGGUGGACAUGUGCCUGAAUGAUAACUUGAUCUGAAUCCAAACUUGGUGGUUAGUUGGAUUCAACAUUUUGGGCUCAAUGAAGACCAGAGUUGUGAGAACUAAAUCUACAGUCACAUCAGCUCUCCACAAAAUUCCCACAAGCAGGUUCUGGUUUAGGCCAGUAAAAAAACAUCAGUGCUAUGUUGAAGACCUGGUCUAAUAUAUGUCUGGGAAUAUUUACUGUAUAUGAAUGUAUGUAUGUGCAUGUAUAAUAUAUACGGAUUUUGCAGACAAAAACUAUGCCAGAAGAACUCUUGUUUCCAGACUGGCUCUUGUCCUAUCUACAUGCGAGUCAUUUCUUCUCACUGCCUGGUGCCAACUGGUGGUCACUGAAGCACCAGAGAGACAGUCUUUCUGCUUGGAGAUCAGAUGCCUGAUGCUAGCCCACUGGCAGUGCUCAAAUUGCAGAGAGUGUCUUGACCCUUCUCUCCCUGGUUUGGAACAUUAUCACUGUGAAUGUAAUUUUCAAAGUUUUUAAGCCUGAGAGGAUGCAGCAAGUCUCUAACUGAGCAAAUAAGUUUUAUUUUUCCCAGAUGCUAGUAACUAGGCCAAAUUAGCAUGGGUUUUCUCAGGAAUAUCACAAAGGUUGGCUCAUCUGUCAAACUUCAAGGCUGUACACGGAGGCACUGAAGUUUCUCAACAAACCGGUGCAAGACUUCUUUUCAAGCAUGGCAAAACAACAUUGCUCCUUGUGUUCCUUCUCAAAAACAGAAGAACUAUUUCAGCUAAAACUUGAACACCAAAACCAGCCUGAGGCAAACACCCAUCGUGGAAAACUUUGGUGUGAAUGACUAGCUUGUUAUUGCUGUAAAUAACUGAAAGAAGGCCAUGUUAGUGGAAGGUGUUGGGCUCUGUGUUUUGUCAGAACUGUCUACAGUGCAUAUACAUACAUGCAUGGAUACACAUGUUUAAUACUGUGUAUGUGUGUAUGCAAGCAGCAUAUUGCAUAGUUUAUUUGUACCUGUAGAACUCUAAAAUAUCAAAUUUUCUCUUAUGCAAAUCUCAUUCUUUUAUACAGAGUUUGCCAUUAUUCGUAUUCCUUGGGUUGAAAUCAAGUUUCUGCAUAAAGACAGAAGUAUUUUUAUCUGUUUUUUUCUAUCUUAAUUUUUGGAGUGUUCCUACGUGAAGCAUGUUUCAGUGCACAGUAUUGAAUCACCUUUGUGAAAGCAACUCAGAUGAAAAGGUAUUCAGAACGUCAAGAAAGAAGGUAAGCUGUGAAUUUAAAUGCCACUGCGUUGCUGUGCUUGUACAUAAUAUACAGAAAGGAGUGCAGUGUCUUUCUUUUGUCAGAGAGAAAUUGGCCUUGAAAAAUUGUAAGUAUUUACCUAUUAGACGAAUCCCACUUCUCUUCCUCCAUAUAAUGACCAGUGUCAUUAUACAGGCUUUGCAGGGAAGAAGCCAAUCUCCCCCUCACACCUUCCCUUUUCUUCUUCACCAUCUUUCUAAGGCAAUCUCUUUCCCCCAAAGGUUAUGUGCUCAGAACUCAAGACUGAGCUGUGUGUAGGUAGGGGAGUGACUAAAGUUAGGUCUCAGUUCCCACACAUAGAACUGAAUUGGUUCAGGGCUGUGUUGCUCAUCUCCACAUCUAGAGGCCACUGCUGUAGCAGGCAGGGGCCAGGUGGAUUUUGCAAGCCUAGGUCAUUCUAACAGCUGAUACGGUAGGGAGCACUGCAGCACUCUAACGUUAGUGGUGUUUGCUUACUCUGGAAGCAAAUUAUCAGCAGCUUUUCCUCAUAGGUUUGGGCAGCCUGUCCUAAGGUGUAUUGAUGAAGAUGCUGGUAAGUACUUGUAAAGCCAUUUUUAAGAAUGGGUCCGAUUCCCUCCUUAGUGGGAGCUCGAGCAAUGUACUUAUGCCACCUUCAGUAAAGCAGGAUUUGGCUAAUUAAGUACUCACUCCGUACAGCCUGACAGGCAGACUGUUGUCAUUGUCACACAGCAGAUAAAUAUUCUUUAUUUUACAAGUACGUUAAACUCAGGCCUAUAACUGAGUUAACAGGGAAGUUGGGUGCUGAGGUGUAUCCUGUGAGCAUGAGGCCCUGCUGGCCUGCUUUGCUUAAAAUUCUGCUCAGCCUUCACUGAGAGGUACAUAGUACAGUAUCAGAAUUACCCUUAACAUUUUUGUAUUAUUGGUUUCAAAAAUUAUUUUGUACUUUAGGGUGUAGAAGAGUUCACAGUGGUUCCAUUAGACAUGCUUUUGUUUUGGGUAUUUUUUUUUUAAAGUAGCCUACAGCUGUAUUAGUGAAACUAAGUCACUGUGUCCAGCGUAACUUUCAUGGUACAUAUCCCUCAUUCAAACCUUCCACGGGGACUUCCUUUCACCCAUCUGGUCUAAGACACCGGGGUAUGUGUAAACCAAGUACGCAUUUGCCUGUGGCAUCUGAAAAACACUGCCUUGCAUUGUUCAGUAGGAAGAAAGGAGACCUAGGCUGUCCUUUAGGCAUUCUGUCAGUCACUGUCAUAUAUGUACAUACACACCCACACACACACUCUAUAUAUAUAAAAUACUCUUUCAGGUUGUAUAUAUUCAUGUAACUUUUGCAUUAAGAUAAUCUCUUUGGACUUGAAAAAAAAAUCUACAUGGUAUUACAUUUUCCCUUCCAGCUAAGGGUGUAUUUAUCUUUGUAUAGGAAACUUCUGGGUGUUUUUUGAGAAUGGGAGUUAUUAAAAAAAAAAAAAAUUGUGCCUUUCUGUUUGAAUGUUGAUUUGUGGGGGUGGGGAUGGGGGACUGGUAAUGGGUAAUGGUUCUGGGUGGUCUUGCAUAUCAUUGUCUAGAGAUCCAAAAAGAGAAACAAAUGUUGUCUUCCUUUUUGUUAUUACUUAUGGGGACCAUUGAACUUUGCAGGGUACAGAAGUUCAGUAUCUGCCUCCAAAAAACAUGCUAAAACUUGAUGGAGGAUAUUCAUUUUGCUGCAGUUUUCUGGUGUGUAGAACAGAUUUGCUAGCCAGUUUAUUUAGAAAAUGCUGUACUAUCAUACAGGAAUUGUUUAUAACAUGUCACUUUCCAGUAGGAAAAUAGUAGUGUUAAUACAGCAUUAUACUGCAUUAUUCAGGGGAAUCUAUGAAAAAGGGUGGUAGCAGCAGCUGUGCUGAUGGAAUUAAAUAUUUCAUUGAAAAACCUGUAGUUCCUUGAUCUUCAACUUGUAAGGCUGAAGUUAAAUGCUCAUGAAAUACUAUGCAGUAGGCUUUCUUGUCAGUAGCUGAUAAAGUUGGAAUUGAUCUGUUGUUUGCAGUUGCUCUUCACCUUUCAGUUUGAGGCGUCUCCUCCAGGAGCUCUCCUUUGUACCUAAUAUUUAAACAAAUGCUUGUUCUUUUAAAAGACCUAUUCUUACAGAAGUAAAACUGAUGAAAGUUUUCCUCCAGAGCCGAAUUCUGAUUCUAUAUCUGUGUUGAAUCAUGACCACAGUAAUGAAUAGUUUGGCUCAGAGUAGGUAUUAAUAUAUUUGGGCUCAAUAAAGCUAUUUGAAGAGAUGACUACUUGUGAUAAAUUAAGGGAUUUGGUUUAGCCUAUUAGAAAUAAGAUUUGGGUUGUUUUA